UCCGGAGUCUUCGAACGUUCGAGCGAAAGCUCACUUUGAAUCUGUGAAAACUCCAUUUCCUUUCCCUUCUGAAAAAGUUAUCCAACUCGAAUGCUUUGCAACAACAAAUCCUUCGAAAUAAUUCUUCUUUAACUGUUCCUCUAUCCAUCUUGAUUUCCGCCAUGGAAGACAUUAAAUCUGCAAUGAACGAACAUCUAGAUCAGAUGCAAGCACUCCUCGAGAAAUUCAGUGCCGAACUCAAAACUGGGUUUCAGCCUGCUUAUGAGAAUUUCAUGGGUUUCUUCCAUGCCAUCGAUUGGAAGGAGCCUUGGUUGAUAUGCUUAAUGUCAUUCCACAUUGUUUUGCUGCUGAUGGUCUUCCUUUCAAGGAGAAAUGUCAACUUCCAAAUGUUCCUGUUUCUUAUGUCAUUGGCUGGCGUAUAUUUUGCUGAAAAAAUUAAUAGUUUACUAGCACAGAACUGGAGAAGCUUUGCAGGCCAGAACUAUUUUGACCCACAUGGCCUUUUCAUCUCGGUGCUUUGGUCCGGGCCCCUUCUUUUCAUCUCAAUUUUGUUAUUGGUAAACAGCCUUUUUACUUUGUGUGUAAUGAUCGUCAAGUGGAAGAAGGCUGAGCUUAGACACCGUGCAAGGCUUUCUCGAGGCAAGGAAGAUUGAUUUACUUUGUAUUGCUACCCGUUUUUCACCAACAAAAGACACAACUCUUUCUGGUCUGGGGGCAUCCCUGUGUUUUUGACUUUGUGUUCCACCAGUUCUCCAAAAUGUUCCUACGUCUCGAUCUUAAUUUUUCAAGUGCUAUUGGAGGUAGGUUGUUUUGGUAUUUGGGUUCCAUGACUUUUUGUGGUUUAUUUAGCUAUACAGGUCAGUUGGGUUGACACCUGAUGUUCAAUACCUCUAGAGGGAUUACAAGGUAGUAGUUUGUGCUGUAUCCACAGGCUUCUUUUGUUUCAACGAAAAAGAAAAUCCAGAAUUAUAACUUUUCCUUAUAAUAUAUUUGGUUUCCAGUUUUGUACA